AUGGUAAAAAUGUAUGGGAAUCGUUUGAGUCUGUGCUCCCUCUGCAUAAUCCGCUGGAACUCGAUGCAGGCGUGUUUUGCAUCCUUGCUCCGUGUGCAGUCGGCACUGCAGAUGCUGACAAAACAGUCUCAUGGAGACGAUGAGUUUCCAACUGCACUCAGUGUGGUCCUACGGGAUUAUUUCUGGCAAGACUUGAAAAGAGCGGAGCGUGUCAUCGCUCCACUGUCGUUGGCGUCGUAUAGACUGCAGCGCUUUAAACAGGCUCCACAGCACCGUGAAGAGCUCGUUGCCUGUGUCGAACAGCGAUGGAAGAAGUGCGAGUAG